AUGUAUAUAGGAUUGUUAUCCUCGCAUGCCCUGUACUGGGCUAUCUGGCAAUUUGUUCUCUGCGUUGGCGGCGACUGGCACGAUUGUUCGCUCUUCGGUCCACCGGUCACCACUGUUCUGCUCCUUUUUUUACUCUUCGAAGCAAUCCUCUUCGCAAUAUUCACGUUUGUGAUGUUUGGCACGCAGCUGAACUCCAUUUGCACCGAUCAAACAGGCAUCGAAUCGCUCAAAAACGAGCAGUACAGCACGGGGCCGGAUGGUUGGAAAAACAUGCAGAUGAUUUUUGGUGGCCCAUUCUCACUGCGUUGGUUUAAUCCAUUUGCAGCACCGUUUAUCAGCAAACCGACCUUCGAAUAUUCGGUUUAA